CUCCAAUCGCUACAUCCGGCUCUAAUUGUUGCUUCGAGCUUCGAGUUUAUGUACAGCCGCAAUAGUCUGAAUAAUGCAAUUAUCGCUGCAGGUCUAGCUCUAAAAUGUAGACCCCACCGUGUGACGUCACUACCAUUACCAACAAUCAAUCAGUCACGAUCUCUCUCAGUCACGAUCUCUCUCUAUCUCGAUCAUGACUAGCUGGAUAGGACACUUCGUUCCCGCCUUGGCCAUGAUCGUGUACGGCCUCUGGACCAUUGUAUCCUCCUCGCUGUACUACCACCAGAACCCAAACCUCGAAGAUCGGCGCCGUCGCCGUCGCCUCCGACCUGACGGCGCGCGAGAGAGGAUCCCAUUGCCGCCUUGGUACGGAAUCUCGACGAGAUGUUGCUUCAUACCGUUCGAGCCGCUCGGAAAGAUGAUCUUGCCGGUACCUGGAAUAUUGAGUGAGAUGAUAACUGCUAAAUUUAGCUUCUACACAUCGCGAGGGCUCGUCAAUUCCCCCAACUUCGGACACACCGCCAUGUAUAUGCCGUUUCUCAUCAGUGGUGUGGUCGAUCUGGUCGCUUGUAGGACGAGUUUUCCGGUCGGGUCGGAGAGAGCGUUCGUCGCACUGGCGUUCGCGAUCCAGACGCUGACGUUUGUCUUUCAUCUUCAUGGAAGGCCAGAGUUGGAUGCUCAAGCGCACAUGAUGUUGUGUUUUGCUAUCGGGGCUUGUCUAGUGUUUGCUUGUCUGGAGUUUCAUGAUCCGUCGUGUUUUGUUCACCGGAUUGGGAGGGGUUUGUUUUCUCUUGUUCAGGGUACUUGGUUUAUUCAAGUUGGUUUUAUUUUGUAUGGGUGGCCGCCAUGGAAUCCUGAUGAGGCAGGUGUGGUGGAAUUGAUUCCUGUUCUGUUCUGCUGGCAUAUUGUUGGGAACUUAUUGGCUACGUGUAUGAUCUAUUUGAUGACGUGGCUGGUCAUUGUGAAAUGCAAGGCCAAGUCGGUUUGUGGGAUAAGUGCUUGGGGAGGAAAAUCAGGAGUGAGUCGAUGUGAUGGUGUCUGUUCUCUCGAGAUGCAUUCUCUUGAUGAUGAGGAUGAACAAGAUGAAGUUACAGUGACAUUGUGAUAUGUUGUUUUGUUGUCAUCAGUGACUCUGGUUAUGUAUUCUGUCCAGGACAACGUUUGUUAUUUCUUAAUGAAAAGUGGUAAAGUCUAUUAUUUGUGGUGUAUUAGGCAUUCAGUGGAAUGCAGUCUAAGUUGCUGUAGUAACUUGAAAGAGACAACAAUGGCAGCUUGUCAUGUUUUUCAUUAUUGUAGAAGCUCAAUUAUUGUAUUAUUAAUUUAUCUGUCAUAAUUUGUGUUUA